GGCCCCGCCGGCCUCCCAGCGUCCGAACUGCCCGCUGCCCGCCCGGCCGGGCACCCCUGCAACAUGGCCUGGAACACCAACCUCCGCUGGCGGCUGCCGCUCACCUGCCUGCUCCUGCAGGUGGCUAUGGUGAUUCUCUUCGGGGUGUUCGUGCGCUACGACUUCGAUGCCGACGCCCACUGGUGGACAGAGAGGAAGCACAAGAACUUGAGCGAGAUGGAGAACGAAUUCUACUAUCGCUACCCAAGCUUCCAGGACGUGCACGUGAUGGUCUUCGUGGGCUUCGGCUUCCUCAUGACCUUCCUGCAGCGCUACGGCUUCAGCGCCGUCGGCUUCAACUUCCUGCUGGCGGCCUUCGGCAUCCAGUGGGCGCUGCUCAUGCAGGGCUGGUUCCACUUCUUAGAAGACCGCUACAUCGUCGUGGGAGUGGAGAAUCUCAUCAAUGCUGACUUCUGCGUGGCCUCUGUCUGCGUGGCCUUUGGGGCAGUUCUGGGUAAAGUCAGCCCCAUUCAGCUGCUCGUCAUGACUUUCUUCCAAGUGACCCUCUUCGCUGUGAAUGAGUUCAUUCUCCUUAACCUGCUAAAGGUGAAGGAUGCAGGGGGCUCCAUGACCAUCCACACUUUUGGCGCCUACUUUGGGCUCACAGUGACCCGGAUCCUCUACCGACACAACCUAGAGCAGAGCAAGGAGAGACAGAGUUCUGCGUACCAGUCGGACCUCUUUGCCAUGAUUGGCACACUCUUCCUUUGGAUGUACUGGCCCAGCUUCAACUCAGCCAUAUCCUACCAUGGGGACAGCCAGCACCGAGCCGCCAUCAACACCUACUGCUCCUUGGCAGCCUGUGUGCUUACCUCGGUGGCAGUAUCCAGUGCCCUGCACAAGAAGGGCAAGCUGGACAUGGUGCACAUCCAGAAUGCCACGCUCGCAGGAGGGGUGGCCGUGGGUACCGCUGCUGAGAUGAUGCUCAUGCCUUAUGGCGCCCUCAUCAUCGGCUUCAUCUGUGGCAUCAUCUCGACCCUGGGUUUUGUAUACCUGACCCCAUUCCUGGAGUCCCGGCUGCACAUCCAGGACACAUGUGGCAUUAACAAUCUGCAUGGCAUUCCUGGCAUCAUAGGUGGCAUCGUGGGUGCUGUGACAGCGGCCUCCGCCAGCCUUGAAGUCUAUGGAAAAGAAGGGCUUGUCCAUUCCUUUGACUUUCAAGGUUUCAAGAGGGACUGGACUGCAAGAACACAGGGAAAGUUCCAGAUUUAUGGUCUCUUGGUGACCCUGGCCAUGGCCCUGAUGGGUGGCAUCAUUGUGGGGCUCAUUUUGAGAUUACCAUUCUGGGGACAACCUUCAGAUGAGAACUGCUUUGAGGAUGCAGUCUACUGGGAGAUGCCUGAAGGGAACAGCACUGUCUACAUCCCUGAAGACCCCACCUUCAAGCCCUCAGGACCCUCAGUACCCUCAGUACCCAUGGUGUCCCCACUACCCAUGGCUUCCUCAGUACCCUUGGUACCCUAGGCUCCCAGGGCAGGUGAGGAGCAGGCUCCACAGACUGUCCCGGGGCUCCAGAGGAGCUGGUGCUGACUGAACUAGGGACACAAGAGCGAGCAAGCAGCACCUCCACCUGCUGGCUUGGCCUCAAGGUGCCUCCCCCCCUUCUCUCCCCUUCAUCCCAGGGGGUCUGCCUAAGAAUGGAGAAGGAGAGGCUACAAACAAAGUGGUCAUCCAAGCCAGGUUCUGGCUGCAGAAGUUCUGCCUCUGCCUGGGGUCUUGGCCACACUGGAGAAAAACAGGCUCAGAGUGGGGCUAGAGACUGGGGGUGAACCUGAGCACUCCUAGGAGACAACUUAGCUGCCAGUCACCACCUAUGAGGCUCUUCUACCCACUGCCUGCACAUCAGCCAGCAUCUCCUAUGCUCCCUGGGUCCCCUAGACUUCUCUGUGUUGUGUAGGUGGCAGCCUCUGGGAAUAAACAUUCUUGAUGUCCUUUGUAAAA